CAGAUGGCGGCUUCACACCUGCUCCUUGAGCCCCUGGACCAGAUGCAAAUAGUUGGCUUGCAGCACGCUGACCAACUAUGGCUUGUGCCUGCUUCUGGGGAGCAGGAGAGGCUGCAACCAAAGUACGUGCCAUGUUUUGGCUCUGCUGAGACGGGUAGUGACUUUGUCAUGCCCUUUUAAUCCCAUGAGCUAAUACAAACCCAAUCUAAAACCAAAUAGGAUGGUGUCCCAUGCAAUGUGAGAGAAGAUGCUGGAGAUCUCUCUGGCCACUGAUGACCCAAAAUAACUUGCUUUACCAUUGCCCUGAGCCUUGUGUGGCUGUUGCCACCUCUGCGAAGUGGGUGUUGCGUGCAUCGGCCCAUCCAGAAGUGCAUUGCAUCAUCUUUGUGCUGGUGCAAAGUGUUGGGAUGGUGCAGAAGCAGCUCUACAUGAUGUUGGCUUCCAUCUGUUUAGUCUCAUCUCUACAGUUGUCCCAGCGUUACUUCAGAGUGGUGAAGUCUGGUAGUGCUGAGGAGAGAUGGUGCCAUAAACAAAAGGUGACAAGAACAGUGCUGAGCAAUCAGCUCUGCAGCUCCAGGGUGAAAUCUGGGUGUUUUUUUCUGUGAAUAAACCUAAGUAUGUGGCUCUUGAGGCCAUUCCUGAUUCCAUCAACUGCCAUUUUUUAAAAGGCCUGUGGUGCCAUUCUCAUAGAGGUUUCUGACUGUGCCUUUAAGUGGGGUGGUCCAGGAAGAAUGCAGGGGUGGAAGAAGAGGUCACUAGGCAGCUGCAGUUUUCAAAAGCUGGCGUCUCAUAGGAAGUGCUAGUGAUGGGUGUAUGUGGCUGGCCGGAGAGCCUGACAGAGUACAACUCGGUGAAAUACAUACGCAUUCAGAGCGUUACAUGGGGAGGCCUGAGAUGUUUCCUCUCUGCAACUGUUGCUCUGUCUAUUGGUUGUAUAGUCAUCAUUUACAGACUCUAUCAGGAGACGGAUGAAGUUAACAGCUCAAUUCGCACUAGUGUGAAGGGAGUGGCUUACACAGACAACAGGAUCUGGGAUACAGCAGAAUACACUAUACCAAUGCAGGCAGUAAACUCUUUUUUUGUGGUGACCAACAUCAUUAAGACAGAGAAUCAGAUUGAGCAGAGGUGCCCUGAGUAUCCCUUCCCCAAAGCUAUCUGCUCUUCAGACAAGUCCUGUGAAAAAGGAAGUGUAGACAUCAACAGUCAUGGAAUUCAAACAGGAAGAUGUGUGUCUUAUAAUGCAACUGUUAAAACCUGUGAGGUCAGAGCAUGGUGCCCUGUGGAAUCCACGGAAAACCCCCCUGACCCUGCUGUUCUGAGGCAUUCUGAAGAUUUCACUGUGCUGAUAAAGAACAACAUUCACUUCCCAAAAUUUAAUUACACCGUACUAAAUAUUCCACAAAAGUUAAAUACUUCCUGCACAUACAACAAGAAUACUUCCCCGCACUGUCCAAUUUUCCGUCUGGGAGACAUUAUUCAGGAAGCAAAAGAGAAUUUUUCUGAGAUGGCAGUAAAGGGAGGAAUCAUUGCCAUUGAGAUUAACUGGGACUGUAACUUGGACAGGUGGUUUUACAACUGCCAUCCAGAGUAUGGUUUCCACCGCCUUGAUGACAAAAAAAUAAAGCCUGGAUUCCAGUUCAGAUAUGCAAGGUACUACAAGCUGCUACCAAAUGGGAAGGAGCAGAGAACCCUUUUCAAAGUCUACGGAAUACGCUUUGAUGUCCUUGUCUUCGGCACAGGUAGAAAAUUUAACCCCAUUGAACUCAUUAAAAACAUUGGGUCCAUGAUGUCCUAUUUUGGCUUGGUUGCAACUGCCAUUGAAAUUGCUAUUUGUGUAGGUAAUUGCUCCGGCUGCUGCAAAUCACCAUUCUACAGACUUUACAACAGGAAAAAGACUGAGACUGUGCUGAAUCCAAGACAGGUGAUGUAUGUGUCCUACGUUGAUGAGCCACACGUUACCUUGAUAAAGAAGCCUCUGAAAACAAGCUUGCAGCAUACUCAAGGCAGCAUUGUUGAGAGCGACCUUGUACAAUUCGAUGAUGCUGGCGGGUGCUGCCCCAGGGAGGCUGAGGAGAAUGAUGAUAAUGAAGAAUACGCGCUGACACGCGCUCUCAGACAAGAGGCCUUUUCCCCGUACCUCCCAGAGUGGUGCUGCUGUGGCAAAUGCCGGCCAACACAGGAGUACCAUGAGCAGCUCUGCUGCCGAAGGAAAGAAGGGCCAUGCAUCACAACCUCCCAGUUGUUUCAGCAGCUGGUGCUGUCCCGUCACACCCUGAAUAAAGCCCUUCUCUACAAAGACCCCUUUCUGGACUUGACAGAUGACAGAAUCAACGACCAGCUGCGUCACCUUGCUUACAAGCAAUACGUACGUUGGCGCUUUGGCUCGUUUGAUCUGGAAGACAGAGCUGUCGUCCCGAGCUGCUGCAGCUUCAAACAGGCCUUGCCUCUUACACCUCCUCCUCCUGAACUUGGCACAGUGCGAGUUGCUUUGUGCUGUGAUGCGUUUGCAAAAUACUACAAGGAUACUAAUGGCACUGAAUCACGGACACUGGUCAAAGCUUAUGGCAUACGCUUUGACAUCAUAGUGUUUGGAAAGGCAGGGAAAUUUGAUGUAAUUCCCACCAUGAUUAACAUCGGCUCUGGCUUGGCGCUCUUUGGCGUGGCAACAGUGUUGUGUGACAUAGUUGUUCUGUAUUGCAUGAAGAAGAGAUACUACUAUCGGGAGAAGAAAUACAAAUAUGUGGAGGAUUAUGAACUGCUGCAGACAGGACGAGAGGCGUCCCCGAGGGUGUUCAUCAUCCCCCUGGCUGGGGCCUGGGUGUUUUUGUGGGAGAAGGGCUACCAGGAAACAGACUCUGUGGUCAGCUCUGUAACCACAAAGGUGAAAGGAGUAACGCUGACGAACACAUCCACCUUGGGACCCAGGAUCUGGGAUGUAGCGGACUAUGUCAUCCCUCCUCAGGAGGAGAACAGUGUGUUUGUCAUGACCAAUGUGAUACUCACACUGAACCAGCGCCAAGACCGCUGCCCAGAGUUUCCAGAUGAUCAAACAGAGUGCAACGUGAAGAACAACUGUGUUCCAGGAUACGUCAGCACGCACAGCAAUGGCAUCCAGACUGGGGAGUGUAUACCAUACAACAACAGCAUUAAGACCUGUGAAGUCUUGGCGUGGUGUCCUGUGGAGGAUGACUAUCAUAUACCCAAGCCAGCAUUCCUGCAAGAAGCUGAGAACUUCACCAUUCUUGUGAAGAACAACAUUUGGUACCCCAAGUUCAACUUCAGCAAGCGAAACAUCCUCCCCACUAUCAACUCCACCUACCUCAAGAACUGCAUCUAUGACUCCCAGACAGAUCCCUUCUGCCCUAUCUUUCGUUUAGGGAAAAUAGUUGAAGCUGCAGGGCAAAACUUCCAGGAAAUGGCUGUGGAGGGUGGAGUCAUGGCGCUGCAGAUCAACUGGGACUGCAACCUUGACAGAGCUGCUUCCCACUGUGUGCCAAAGUACUCCUUCCGGCGCCUCGACAAUAAGGACUCUGCCCACACCGUCUCACCUGGCUACAACUUCAGGUUUGCAAAAUACUACAAGGAUACUAAUGGCACUGAAUCACGGACGCUGGUCAAAGCUUAUGGCAUACGCUUUGACAUCAUAGUGUUUGGAAAGGCAGGGAAAUUUGAUGUAAUUCCCACCAUGAUUAACAUCGGCUCUGGCUUGGCGCUCUUUGGCGUGGCAACAGUGUUGUGUGACAUAGUUGUUCUGUAUUGCAUGAAGAAGAGAUACUACUAUCGGGAGAAGAAAUACAAAUAUGUGGAGGAUUAUGAACUGGGAGUCAACGAGACGUAUGGAACAGACUCCUGACCUCCUGCUGCUCCAGCACCAACCGCUGCUGUCAACUGCUGCUGUGAACGUUACUCUGACCCUGCCAUGAGAUCCACCCCCUUGUUGCUGGAAGGAAGGAAGGGGGGGAACAAACGUGAGAAAAGGGACCUUCUUCAUUACAUUUCACUACUUUUGCUGGCUGGAGCCAACCCUCCAGGGAGAAGAACUGGGUCUGCUCCUUGUCUGCUGUCUUUUCAGGUUAAUUGCACUAAGCACAGAGGGAGAAUUGUGCAUUUAUGCCAGGCCUCUGCGCCAGCUAAGCCUGAGACAGAGACUACUCCCACAUUGUCGUUUUGACAGUCCUUUCCCUGAGCUCACCUGUGGCAGAGCACAGGGUUACAGGCACAGAUUCCUCCUUACAGUGAACACGGCCGCUGCCAGGGGUUGCCUGACCUUGGGAGGGCAGCUCCUUGCCGUUGGCUUUUUCCUUGCCCUGAAGGAUUGUGAUGCUUAGCUGAGCCUGUGCCUACUCUUGAAUCGUGUCUCCAAGCUCCAGUGGCCACAGGCUGAGACAAAGCAGUGUCUGGUUCCAUUGUGUUAUGGUAAAUGACUUACUGUACAGAAUUUUUUUUUUUCCCAUUUUGUCUAAUUUUGAUGGUACUACUUUAAAAUUUACUUUCUUUGUAAUAAAAUAUUGCCCUCUUCAGAGUCCUGCAA